AUUCCUGACGUCAGAGUAACGCGGCCAUUUUGGACGUCGUUUAAUCGAGUUUGUCUCUGGAGUUGAUUGGAUGCAAUUUCGCCUUUCCUUGGACAUAUUGCCUGAAGAAGACUAAAGUGUCGGGCAAGAUUAAAAGAAGAUGAUGGAAGAGAGUGGAAUAGAAACCACGCCACCCAGCACUCCUCCACCACCCCUUACUGCUGCUGUCGCCAUCAGUCCGCCUCCUCUGACAAUAGGUCUUUCGGGCCCACUGACCCUUCCCAGCACCAUAGGCAUCUCCAGCUUUGCCCCAGGAGGCUUCUCCACACCAGCACCCCCAACUGCAGUGACCUCCACCCUACCACCCAUUCAGUCCACCCCUCCUCCUCCAUUCUCUCUUAACCCCAUGAAGCCACUUUCCACAGCAUCUCCAGUCCCCGCACCUUCUCUGGGUGUGGGUAUGACCUUCAGCAGUCCAUAUACCUCCCCUACAGCUCCGCCUCCUCCAGGCCCGGUGCUGUCUGCUCCACCAAUGGGGCCACCCACCACCGGUUUCACUGCUCAUGCAGGAUACGAUAUCACGCGCGGACAUGCCGGCCGUGCUCCACAGACUCCACUGAUGCCCAGCUUCUCCAGUGCGCCACCCAUGCCAGGUGUGGUUACAAACCCAAUGAUGCAACAGCCAGUGAUGUCCGGUGGUUUAGACGUUGUGUCUCCGAUUACUUUCCCAGAAGAUCAUGACGAUCCCAGAGUUACACAAGAGAACAUGUCCGGAGGUGGAAUUUGGGGCUUUAUCAAGGGUGUAGCUGGUAACCCUAUGGUGAAGACGGUCCUGGACAAAACUAAGCACUCUGUCGAGUCUAUGAUCACCACAUUAGACCCAGGGAUGGCUCCAUACAUUAAAUCAGGAGGUGAUGUGGACAUUGUGGUGACCUCUGAUAAGGAAGUGAAGGUAGGAGCAGUGCGGGAUGCCUUCCAGGAGGUGUUUGGCAUGGCUAUGGUGACUGGGGAGGCAUGCCAAUCUAACAUUGCUCCUCAGCCAGUGGGCUACGCAGCAGGAGUCAAGGGGGCUCAGGAGCGCAUCAACAGUCUUCGGCGUACCGCCGUAAUCCACGAGAAACAGCCUGUGGUCUCAGUGGAGAACUUUAUAGCAGAGCUCUUUCCAGACAAGUGGUUCGACAUUGGCUGUCUAAUUCUGGACGACCCUGGCAAUGGCAUCCACAUCGAAACUUUCACACAGACCACUCCUGUAUCUCUGGAACAUGUACAGCAGGCUCAGUCUCUCACUCCUCCUGAUUACAGUCUCCGCUGGUCUGGCCUGCUCGUGACCGUAGGCGAGGUGCUAGAGAGGAACAUGCCCAAUAUUAGCCGCACGGACUGGCACCAGGCCUUCACAGGCAUGUCCAGGAGGCAGAUGAUCUACAGCGCUGCGAAAGCUUUGGCUGGCACAUACAAACUGCAGCUGGGCCCCAGGAUGGCAUAAGAGCAUCUAAACAGCCACUUUGCUCUCAGAACACAGCCAUUGGCUUUCAGAAAAACAUGGCACUCUUCUGAGAGUCUCAGUUAAAAAAUGAGUCAUUGCAUUCAAUAAGCUUGCAUGGGAAUUCUGAAAAGGGCCCCUGUUUUUUUUUUUUUGUUUGUUUUUUUUUUUUUGUUUGUUUUUUUUUUAUAAAUAAUAAUGCACAUGUAUAAAAACAAGGUUAUCAAUGUUACAAUAGCGGAUUAAGAAUUCUCUACAUGCUACAUUUUAUUAGACCCUGGCCUGCGUCGUAUGCAGUUCUCUCUGAGCUUCUAUAUAAUUAUAGAUAGGAACAAAGGAACUUAGUGAGACCAAUACUGAGGCAUUAAGCUCUAAAGAAAAUAGUUUUAAAUCAGGAGGUCAAAUACCAGAUACUGGUACCAGUUUCUUAAUACCUGAGAAAGUAUUCAAUUUGGGAUUACAGCAGUUUUGCUGAUUCUUUCUUUGAAAUUUUCGUGAACUACUAAUCGAACAAGGACUGGGGGGGAAGUGAUUCUGGGGUUUACAGUAGACUGUAGAUUGUGUUAGUGCAGGCUAUCCAACAUUGUUAAUAGAUUAUUCUGUCAUUUAUCAUUUAUUUUAUACAAUUAUUAUUAAUUAUUAUUGGCUUUAAUUAUCAUCUGUCUGAUUAAUUUCUGUAAGCCGAUGCCAGUAAAGGCAUAAAAAUUUUAUUUCCCAGCAAGAAAAACAAGGGCUUGGACUAUAUCAAGCCUUGGAUCUGUUUUCUAAGAGUUGUUUCCAGUCGAUAUUUUUCAUACUUUGCUUUAAUUCAGGAGCCAAUCCACUGCUAUAUACAUGCAUUGAUUUGCAUUUUGCUAAAAGUUGUAUUUAUUUAAAUACGAGUACUGGCUACUGUUACGAAACAUCGAUUAUCUUUACAUUUUGUAGAAGUUUGUACCGUAUCAUCACCAUACAGUCCGUCCAUUUUUUUUUUUUUAAAUUAAUCGAUUGAACUCAGGAUUGUAUUUAGCCCAUUUUAAUGCACAAAACUGUGCAAUGUAUAUAGAGUACAUAUUGAUUUUUAUUUUUAUUUUUUAACCAAAGGACAUAAAAACCGCUUCAGCACAAGUGCUUUUAAUGAAAAAUACAUUUCACUUUUCCAAAAAAUGUUGACUCUUUUCUGCUUCUGGUUCAGAUUUGUUCAUUACGUUUUUGGAAAUGCCUAAAUCAUUUUGGGAUAUUCUUUUAUAGAAUAAAAUUGAUUCUAACCUGAAGGGAGGAUAUUGUAACAUUUGUGCAAACUGUGUGCUUGGAAAUGCGUUUUAAAGUCUGUCUUUUAAAAAAAAAAAGAUUAAUUACACUUUUCUUGAAAUGCAUGAUCUCAUUGUUUAAUGUUUUGGCAUCAUUAACAUUGAUAUUCAUGUUUUAUAGAAAAAAAAGCCUGUGGUUUCAAAUUUCAAACAGAACCAAAUUUAAAGAUCUUUGAUUUUUUUAUUUUAUUUUUUGUUGUAUUAUUUGAAGGGUCAUUUUAUUAUUCAAAUUUCAGAUUCCAGUGAAAAUAUGAAAAAAGCAUUAAGAGUGAUACAGAAGCCUGUGGGGAAAACAAACUCUGUGUAUGACCUCUGAAAAGUUUUUUAAAAGGUGUUUGUUUUGGGGGGGGUUUUAAUGUGUAGUUGUGUACUGCUCUUUAUCAAGGCCAAAAUCACUGUAAGUGUGUGAUGAGAUCAUUAGAGCUGAGCAUGGAAUGAAUUGGAAGAACAGAUACUGCCUUUACCAUAAUGCCAUGUCUUUUCUUUUUCCUAAAACACCUUUGGAUACUUGUCUUUUUGACUUCCAUUAAUUGUACUUUCUAACAAUGCCUUCUGUCUGCAAAACAGUAAAGGUGUUUUCAGUAAA